CCCUGCCCCGCACGCUUUGGGGCAUGCCUGUGAGCAUGUUCAGCAUCGACAAUAUCCUGGCGGCCAGACCUCGCUGCAAGGACUCGGUGCUGCUGCCCCCGAGCGCCGCGCCCGUCGUUUUCCCCAGCCUCCACGGGGACUCGCUCUACGGCAGCGCCUCCGACUACGGCGGAUUUUACUCCCGGGCGGUGGCUCCCGCCUCCGCGCUGCCGCCGGCCGUCACUGGAUCCCGGCUCGGCUACAACAACUACUACUACGGGCAGCUGCAUGUGCCCGCGUCCCCCGUGGGCCCUUCGUGCUGCGGGGCCGUGCCGCCGCUGGGUGCUCAGCAGUGUUCCUGCGUGCCCCCCGCAGGUUACGAGGGCACUGGGUCAGUCCUGAUGUCCCCUGUUCCCCAUCAGAUGUUGCCCUACAUGAACGUGGGCACUUUGUCCCGGACGGAGCUGCAGUUACUGAACCAGCUGCACUGCAGGCGAAAAAGGCGGCACCGGACUAUCUUCACUGACGAGCAGCUGGAAGCGCUGGAAAACCUCUUCCAGGAAACGAAAUACCCAGAUGUGGGCACGAGGGAACAGCUGGCCAGAAGGGUGCACUUAAGAGAGGAAAAAGUGGAGGUUUGGUUCAAAAACCGCCGGGCGAAGUGGAGGAGGCAAAAGCGAUCGUCUUCGGAGGAAUCAGAAAACGCACAAAAGUGGAAUAAAGCGUCUAAAACGUCACCGGAGAAAAGACAAGAGGACGGGAAAAGUGACUUGGAUUCUGACAGCUGAUACUUCUAAGUGGGGGGGACAUUUCCCGUGGACUGUCGGACACGCUCCAGAGGAUGCUACUAAUCUUGCACAAGAUCUGCCUUGUUGGAGGGGGAAAAUAUCUGUAUAUAAUGUACAAUGCCCCGAGCUAAUUCCGUGUAAAUAAAAUGUGUUGCGGACGUGUUGCACAGGUA